AUGGACUCAAGGCAACCUGUUCAGAACCUGGCUGAAACGAUUCAUUCUCUGCUAGGACUAAAGGCUCAUUUGACAUCUAAUUGGGUUAAAUCUGUUCGAGACAUAAUAAAAAACCUACCACCUGAAAAAUCAUCUGCUGAUACAAAAGCAAAAACCUUGGAGACAGGGGAUGCUUUGGAUAAGGAAGAUGUGGGAGGAAAUGCCAUUUCAAAACUAACAGGUCAACUUGCUGCUUUAACUGCAAAGAUAAACCAAUUAAACAUUCAGAGAAGGCAAGUCUUAAAUGAGUUUCUGGACUUGAAAGGGAAUAUCCGUGUAUUUUGUCGUGUGAGGCCGAUCACAGUGGGUGAGAAUUUCAGAUGCUUAAGACCUGUUGUAGCUUUAGAUUCUAACCAUGUUCUCCUGAGGCUUCAGGAUAAUAAGAGUAAAAGUUACAGCUUUGACAAAGUGUUCCAUCCUGAUUCAUCACAAGAUCAAGUAUUUUCAGAAAUUGAGCCAGUAGUUAAGUCUGUCCUAGAUGGCUACAAUGCAUGCAUUUUUGCAUAUGGGCAGACAGGAACAGGAAAAACUUUCACAAUGGAAGGUAAUCCAGAUUACCCUGGCAUAGUGCCCCGCACAAUUGAAGCACUGUUUAAGCUAGUAGUAGAGACCAAUCAUUCAUUUCUCAUCAGUUUUAGUAUGCUUGAAAUUUACUUGGGAAAUCUCAAAGACUUGCUCACUGCUCAACCAACAAAAGCAACAGAUCCUAUGCCACCACGCCUUUCAAUUAAAACGGAUUCACAGACUGGGAUUGAAAUAAACAACCUAGUUGCCAUCCAAGUGAAUGACUUCAACCAAGCUUUGAGACUGUACAAAUUAGGGUGCCGGUUCAGAACAACUGCAUCUACAAAUUCAAACACAAUUUCUAGCAGAUCCCACUGCAUGACCCGCAUAUCGAUAACUUGCUUUGAUGCUCCUGAGAGGCAACGGGAAACAAGCAAAAUUUGGUUAGUUGACCUUGGGGGAAGUGAGCGUGUGCUGAAGACAAAGGCAUGGGGGAGAAGACUUGAUGAAGGAAAAGCCAUUAAUUUGUCGCUUUCUGCUCUUGGAGAUGUAAUUAAUGCACUUCAAAGGAAAAAGCGCCAUGUACCUUACAGGAAUAGCAAGUUGACGCGAGUUCUUAAAGAUUCACUUGGUGCGGAUUCAAAGACACUGAUGCUCGUCCAUGUCAGCCCUAAAGAAGAAGAUUUGUGUGAGACAAUUUGUUCUCUAAAUUUUGCAUCAAGGGCCAAAUGCAUUCACCUAGGGCACGAGGACUCUAUUGAUAUAAGAGACCAAAAAGAAGCUUCAAUGAAGAAUUUGCAGAAGAAGAUGGAAUGGAUUGAAGAAGAGCGCCUAAAAGUUAGAGGAGAAUAUGAUAAAUUAAGUGAGGAAUUAGAAAAUCUUACAAGGCCAGCCUCCACUUUCCAAGUGAAACCACAAGUUCCCCAUUUAUCUUCUGAGGAGCCACUGUGUAACCUCAAAGUCAAGAAGGGACGACUUGGAGAUGUCACAGCUCCCUUGUCACAAUUACCAGGAUUUAUGAGAUCAACUUUUUGCAGCAGAAGGAAAUCUGGAAGAGAUCUUUAUACUGUAGAAGGAAGCAGUCAAGUCCUUGGGAGAAGGAGAAGACAAUCAUCUCAUCGGGCUGAGUCUGUAACUUUCCCUGUAAAAAAUAAUUCGGACUACAACUCAGAGCAUAGCAUUUCCAAAUCAAGCUGUUUGGCAGGUUUGAACAUAAAAAGUAGUGCAGAUUAUGAAACAGAUUACAGCCAAGAAACAUUGGAAGGUAACAUUAACAUGGUCACUUUUGGUACACAAGAAAUAUCACAGAGGACUUCAAUUCAUCAAAGGGUUCCCCUCAGUUACCCAGAGAAAUAUGGAAGUCAAAGGAAAGAAAAAAUUAACUACACAAAUUUUUUGACAGUUGAUGAUUGGCUUUUACAUAAAAGUGAACCCUUAACUAGUGCUUGUACUGAAACAAAUAAACCAGUUGGAGCUGUUCCAAUCACAGAGGAGAAAUUUGAUGGGCAAGUUCCCAACAGAAAUAAGAUACCAUAUGAUGGUAAGGCGCCUAGAUGUGAGCUUAUGUUGGAAACUUUUGUCAGCCAUAACAAAACAAAGAAACAAGGUGACAUUGAGAGAGUUGAAAUACCUGUAGCAGAAUUGAUAACUGAAAAACCACCAACAAUGUUGAAGGACUUAUUUGAUGAGGAGUCAAGAUCAAGUUCGCCUUCUGCAUCUCAGACUACACAGACAACCAAACUAACACAAGAUUUUGUAGAUGGCCUAUUGCUAGAGGAUAGUGCAUCUGGCACUCAUUCUUCACCUGAUAUGUGCUGUGAUAGACUUGAUCAACAUGAAGACAAUUAUAUAACUUGCCUAACUCCAAUAAUGCAGGCAGUGAAAUUUGAUAUGCAAUGUCUGGAUAGCAUACAAAACAAUAAAGGGUGCCCAUUUACUCCAAGUAGCAAAGAUGAUCACAUCUUUGAUUCAAAAAGUGAUACUGGUAUUUCCAUAUCAAUAUCAGAACUGGGAUUAAAUUGCCAAGAAGUGUCUACUGAAAUAGGCAUCAAAGAUAAAGAAAUUGGAGACUUUGAUGACUCCUCUCAACCCUCACCAAUAGGGACAACGCCUAAUGCUUUCAAGUGGACAUCUAAAAGAGCUUUAUUUAUGGACAAAGGACAUCAGAGGCGUAAAAACGUGUCAGAUGCUACAUUACAAGGAAGUCCACAGAACAAUGGAACAUUUCAUGUCCUCAAACAGAGAACUCAGAUGGUACUUGCCAGUGCUCUUUUAGGAUUUGGAUUCCAUGAUCUAGGACUUGACCAUGACUUCUUUUAUGGUUUAACGCUUUAAAGCAGCUCUAGUGGAAAGUAGAAUGAAGUUUAAGAAUUUUGACUUGGUGUUAUGUGGUGGCUGAGGUUGGCUUUAUGAUGAAAUUGAAUGCUUACAUAGUCUUGGUUCUCGACCUUUACCUCCACUAUGUUACAGAGUAGGUUCAACACAAUAAAGCUGUUCCAUAAAUAUGAACAUUCGUGUAAUGAUUUCCUUGCUUUGUAUAAAGACCUAAUGAAGCUCCGUGACAAUCUAUAAGAUAGACCUCUCAAUGUCAAAAGAGAAGAAACAUUUGAGUAUGAUGAGGUUCUUGAGGUGUAUCAAGCAGAAAGAAUGAUUAGUUUCUCUAUGCGUAUAAUACAGAUGUAUAUAAUUGUAUAUAUUUGCUACUGAUGUAUAUGCGUAUUAUCCUCUUGUAAUUAUCAUUCCUCUAAUAUAGGAAUGCAUAAUCAUUAAACAUAUUAUUUCAAUUAAA